CAGUAGCCUAUAAAAAUACGUAAGCAAUGGUGAAGAAGGAUGGUAACAUCAUCGUUUAUAUGACGCUGGUAAUAAUAGCCAUAUGUGGCUUUUGCAUCUGGAAUUUCUCUGGCUUUAAUCAUGACGACGCCAAGUUCAAUAUGAUCCUGGUGGCAUUUUUAGCGGUGACGUUAAUUCAGAUUCUAGUUAUUACGCCUAUCAGGUUCACGAUAUGGUCCAUCGAUGCCGCUUGUUGGCCAGCUCAUCAACCUUCUGUUACGCCCGACGAAAAUCCCAAGGUUGAGACUUUUAUGGACAAGCUAAGACUUAGACUUCGGUCGCUACGCAGUGAGCUAAUGAUUACGGAAAGCCAUCGAAAUGAGAGGCUCAACCUGGAGUACCGACUGAUAAAAGAAGAACUUUUUUUAACUGGCAAGCUAUUUCUGAUCUUUUUUGUCAUGUCUUUACUAAUGUUUGAUGAGUUGCAUCACCAUAACACCCAAGCCACAAAGGAUAUUUUUAUGUUUGGCCACAAGAAUACGCUCGGGCUAUCACAUUUGGCGACCCUGCUGGAUGUAUAUACUUUUCUGGAGUUUUCGCUGAUAUUAGCUUUUACGGAUCGGGACAACACAGGUCUCGGAGCUCCUUGGGUUCAUAUGGAGCACGUCAGAUUGCUGGGCGUGGUGAGACUAAGGCAGCUCAGGACGGAAAAGAGAAUCAAUGGACUAAACGAACCUGUUUUUACCAGCAGGGACUUUUCAGAAGGCUGGUCAUUGCCAUAUGAAAGGGUUCCUUACACGGACAAAUAUUGGCCGAUCUAUAAGCCAUGGCUAGGGAUGAUUUCCGACUUUCGGAACCACCUUAUCAUGGGCAUCAAUCAUCAUGGACAUUUUAUUAGUUAUCCGGAAAUGGCUGGAUACGAAGUCCUGCUCUCGGAUACCCGUAACAAAAGCCUGAUAAUACUUGAUUAUUUGAUGGAGAAACUAUGGUUGGAUUAUAAUACUAGCGCUCUUUUUAUGGACUUUACUUUGUACAAUGCGGAUGCUAACACCUUUACCGUAUGCACAUUGUGGAUAGAGCAAUUUCCCUUUGGAAAUGUCCACGCCCACGUAGAUGUCGAUAGUCAUGUUUUCGUGGAUCAAAUAAAAGGGAUUUCGCCCUUUGGAAUGCUGGUGUUAUUCGUCGCCGUUAUUUUGUGGCUGAAGUUCGCCAAGGCAUUCUUCGUCAAGAUCUGGUAUGAGCCCCGUCUCUUAAUGACCUUGUGGAUCCAGGUGGAUGCACUGAUCGUGGCAUUCAGCCUGAUAACUGUAGUAAUUCUAUCGAUCCGGGAUACUUUGGUCCAAUCAAUGAUUAAACACAUUGAAAUCUCAGUAAUCGUGCAGUUUAUAGAUUUUCGCGAGCCUGCGCGACUUACGUAUUUUUGUGACGUGUUGCAGGGUUUUACCAUAGCCUUGGUCACAAUGCGACUUUGGAAGGUAUUGCAGUUCUCCGGCACUUUUCAGCUUUUCACCAAAACACUUUCGAUGGCUUGGAAAGCGCUCGUUUGGACGAUGGUAAUAACCAUAAUAUUUAUUGUCGCAAUUGCCAUUUCCACCGUCACUAUUAAUGGUAAUAAUACCAAAAUCUUUAUGGACUUGCCCAAUGGCAUAGUAACAGUCACCUCGUUUGCCUUUGGCUAUACUAAUGUAAUCACCCCGCUGGAUCUAUUUUCCGGAGGAGAGUCUUUAGGCAUUGUUUUAUAUGUUAUAAUGGGCUUUGUGGUCAAGUACUUGCUAAUUAAUUUAAUUGUAUCUAUGAUGAGGAAUCAAAUGGCAAAGGCCAAAGCAAAAAGGGAUAAAAAUGCAAUGCAUCGCAUAUCGUUUUGGGAAUUUCUUCGCGUGGAAUAUGCCGAUUUUUUCAAUUUUAUUACGGAGUUGGCCAACCUCAAGAAACGGUACAAGCGCAAAAAUCGUACAGUGGCCGAAAAUAUCGAGCGGAAAUUGAAGUAUAAAGACCGUAUCGAUAAAAAGGCUCAGAAAAGGCGGGAAAUGUUCCAGCCUGAGUGGAGGGACGAGAAACUGAUCCAAUUGCGAUAUAGGGAGCGUAUCGAGCGAACCUUAGCUUUGGGCGCAAUUCUGCAGACGCAAAUGGAGCUUAUUGAGAGGCUGAUGUUCGGUGAUGAUGAUGGCAAUCUGCCAAGUUUGGACCAAGCUGAAGGGGAUGUUCCUUCGACCUAAAACACUACAGUGGGCAGGAAAUCAUUUGUAAAUAAAAAUUCGAUAACUGA